GCCAGUUGCGCGCAGAGGAGGAGGAGGAGGAGGAGAGCUUCGCUUCCUUGCAAGAUGCCGCGCUCUUUCCUCGUCAAGAAGCAUUUCUCGGCCACCAAGAAGCCCAACUACAGCGAACUGGAGAGCCAGACCGUGAUUGUGUCCCCAUUUUUUUAUGAGAAGUACCCCCUAUCCGUCCUCCCUCAGACAGACCUCCUGACCACAGGCCCUCACUACCCUUCACUUGUGUGGGACACAGGGCUGCUCUCCAAUUUCUUCACCUCUGAGCCAGAGUACCAGAAAAGUGCAGCUUCUCCUCCAAGCCCCGACUCGAAGCCUCUGGACCUGACCUCUCUGUCCAGCGAAGAGGAGGAUGGCAAAACGACCUCUGAUCCUCCCAGCCCGGCCUCAUCUGCCACCGAAGCAGAGAAAUUCCACUGCGGCCAAUGCAACAAGUCCUACUCAACCUUUGCUGGCCUCUCCAAACACAGACAGUUGCACUGUGACUCCCAGACUAGGAAAUCGUUCAGCUGCAAAUACUGUGAGAAGGAAUACGUGAGCCUGGGAGCCCUCAAGAUGCACAUCCGAAGCCAUACCCUGCCCUGUGUGUGCAAAAUCUGCGGCAAAGCUUUCUCCAGGCCUUGGCUCCUGCAGGGCCACAUCAGAACACAUACUGGUGAGAAACCAUUUUCUUGCACACAUUGCAACAGGGCUUUUGCUGACCGCUCGAACCUCCGUGCCCACCUUCAGACCCAUUCGGAUGUGAAGAAAUAUCAGUGCAAAACCUGCUCCCGGACUUUCUCCCGGAUGUCCCUUCUCCACAAACAUGAAGAAACAGGCUGCACUGGAACACGCUGAGGGUCUCCUCCAUCCCACAAAACACCACGGACUCCUUCAUGCAAAUACAUGUAUUUUAACUAGUGUCUGUAGGAAGAUAGUUUCCGUUUUGAGUUGAACCUUCCAGCACAAUGUAUAUCCAACUGUUAUUUCCAGCUCCAGCUGCUUCGAGCCUUAAAGCACCAUACAUAUGCUUCUUUUCUUGUUCUCCGGGCAGCCUUAAAGACUGAUUUUCCUCCCUCCUGUCCUGUCUCUUUCUCAUGGCAGUAGCAGAAUUAUUCUUGGUUCAGGCUUCACCACAAAUGGCUGGUUUCAUAAAACGACAAAUGUGCUGAUGUUUUCUACCUGACCUCUCUAACCAAAGUGUACUGUAACAUUCCAUCUCCUAAGAGCCCAGUGCCUCUGGAAACUCCCAAGAGGAGCAUGAAAGUGAUGGCUAGGCUACCUCUUAUUCCUUUCUUCUUACUAUUAUCUGGUCUUUGGAGAUACAUUGCCACUGAACAUGGAGGUUCUGUUGAGGUUUGGGGGAUUUUCUGCAUGUGUCUCUUAAUAGCCAUUGAGUCUUAUCCUCUGUGAGUCCCCCCCCAUCUUUUUGAAAGCCAUCCUAAGCUAGAGGGCCAUCACUAUAGUAUUUUUUUUGUAAAAAAGUUUUAAUCAUGUGUUCAUAAGGUGCUACAUCUCUCUCAGGAUUGAGCCUUGCACCUUGCUGGCCUGAAGGAUAACAGUAUUCCCCCCCAGCCCUUACUUUUUGAGGGUGUGUGUAUAUGUGGCAGGGGGGAGGGUUUGAAAAUAAUGGAUUUAUAGUAAUGCUUGAUCCUGAACUGCAAUGCCUCUAAAUAAAAAGAAGAAAUCAAAGUGUUAGCAUACACUUUUCCUCCUGCCACAGCCUCCCUUCCAUCAUGGUUUAUACGCCACCCACCCCAGAAGGUGUAACUAUGCAGUAAUACAGUGUUGCAUUAGUUCUGAGGCAGCUGUUUCUGCCACCAGCACAAUGCUAAUUUGCAAUGCCUCAAAAGAUUAACAAUGCCCCUCUCGAAAGGCAUUGGGUAGCCAUUUUAAACCAAGACUCCUGUUUACAGAGCAGCUAUGCACUCAAGCACCUGUUAAUAUGACUUCUUUGAACAACUGCUUUUUUCCCCAAAAGAACUGUGACUAAUAGCAGGCACUUGUCAGGCGAUACAAUAGCUGCCCUGUGCAAAAAGGGCUGCCCAUUGACAGGUGUGUGCCAAAAUGACUAUUUAUGAGCAUAUUGACAGGUGCUGCCUGAAUGCAUCUUUUUCUUUUGUACAUUGUUUCCACAUCGUAAAAUGAAAAAAAGAAAAAAAAAAAAAAGAAAAAGGGUAUGUUUACAUUUCAAAGGUACACUGGUAUUUAUAUAUUUUUGUGCCACAAUUUUAUACUGAUUAAAAACUUUUUAUAUAUAUUAAAAAUUAUAUGCAAUUUAUUGAUAUUCAAUAAAAUGGUUAAUUUAUAAUCUA